AUCCCACAAGCUUCCCAAUAUUCAUAAUCAAUCAGUCACCACUUGCACUCAAAAGCCAUACCCCCCAAUAAUGGCAGCUACAUUUUCAAGCCCAUCAACCAGCGCCACCUCCUUCUCAUCCCCACCGAACAAAACCUGCCUCUCUUCAGGGUUUUUGAAAUCAAGUGUGAGGGGUAGGAACCCUUUGAGGCUGGCCGGUGCUUGCGGGGGAAAGUUCACAUGCUUUGAGAGGGACUGGCAGCGUAGGGACUUCAACGUAAUAGGAUUUGGGCUGAUCGGAUGGAUUGCUCCGUCAAGCAUACCGGCAAUCAAUGGCAAGAGCUUAACGGGGCUUUUGUUUGAGAGCAUUGGAACCGAGCUUGCUCACUUCACUACUCCUCCUCUUACUUCUCAGUUUUGGUUGUGGUUGGUAUUAUGGCACUUGGGACUGUUCAUCACUCUUACAUUUGGACAAAUUGGAUUCAAGGGAAGGACUGAGGACUACUUUUAAUUUUUUAUUAUUUUCUUUUAACCUGUAAUUAUUUAUGAAAUAUGAUAUUAUUUUGGUUUUCUUUCUUUCUUAAAUUCAUCAUUUCCCUAUAAUUGCAAUGCACUUUAUGUCCCUUUCAAUGCAAAAAAGACGGAUUCUCCUAACUAAAA